AUGAUCGGUUAUUCAAUUCUCCUUCUUUUUCUUCUCUUACCAUCAAAUAUAAUUGCCUCGGUGAUUUAUAAAACUGCUUGUGAGUUAUUAAAACUUCCACGUGAUUGUUAUUGUCAACGUACACGCGGUGUACCAAUGUCCUCAUUAAAUGAAACACGAUUACGAUGUCAUCAAUUCACUAAAAUAACAACAGAUUAUCACUGGUCUAUUGUACCCUAUGAUCGUUUAGCAUUUGAAACACCAAAUGAUAAUUUAACAUUAUAUCGUUAUGCAUUUGCUGAUAUUCGAGCACGAACAUUACGUUUUAAUGUUCGAAAUCUAACUUUCAAUGAUCAUGCAUUGGAAAAUGCUUAUAUUGGUCAAUUAGCUAUUUCAUAUACAGAUAAUUAUGGUUUAUUAAAUUUUGAAUUAAAUGGACAAAUAUUUUAUGGUACAACAAUAACAAAUAUAUAUAUUAAAUUAAUUAAUUUUCAAACACAAAUAUCUGAACUUGUAUUAUCAAAUGCGAAAGUUUAUACAUUAUUGAUUGAAUCAUCGAAAUUUUAUGGUUUUACAAAUAAAAAAUUUGUACGUUAUCAACAAAAUGAAACAAAUCAUAAAAAUAAUAAUCAAUAUGAUAAUUUUCUUGAAUAUGAUACUAUAUUAACAACAAGUUCAUUAUAUCAAACAAGUAGUCAAUCAUCACUAUUAAAAAUUCGUCGAAUGAAAAACAAAAUUUUACGUCAAAUAUUUGAAAUAAAUGAUAAUAAUUCAUUAUUACCUGAACAAACUGUUAUAGUUAAUAUAACAGCAAAUCCUCUUCCGGCUUUUAUAACAAUUUAUACAAUUCUAUCCAGUAUUAAUACAACAAAUUUAACAGAAAAUUAUUUUCCAAAUAAUAUAGAAUAUAGUCAAACAGAUGAAAUUGAAUUAAGUCAUAAUUAUAUUUAUUCAAUAGAUGCACAUGCUUUUCGUCAUUUACAAUUCUUUGAAGGACGACUAAUAUUAACAUAUAAUUAUAUUCGACAUAUAUCUCCGUAUGCAUUUACUUAUUUACAUUCAUUAAAUAAUUUAUCAUUAGCUAAUAAUUAUAUUCAAAAUUUAUCAUCAAUACAUUUUGAAAAUUUAAAUCAAUUAUAUGAACUUGAUUUAAGUUAUAAUCAAAUAUGUCAUUUAAAUAAUAAUACAUUUCAAUAUUUACAUAAUUUGCAUAUAUUACGUUUAAAUAAUAAUCCAUUAAAUUUUAUUGAUUCAAAUGUAUUUAUAAAUUUAACUUAUUUAAAAGAAAUACAUUUACAAGGUGUACCAUUAAUUCAAUUAAUUGAUCCACAAAAUUCACAUUGGAUUUGGAAUUUAGCUAGUUUACAUAUGAAUUAUUUACUUAAUACAAAUUAUGUUUUGAGUGAUUUGAUUUUUUGUUUAUUAACACGUUACAAUCAAACAUUUUCUCAUGUAUCACGUCAACCUUCAUGUUCAUGUAAUGUUCAUUAUUUAUAUCAUCAUUCUGAUAUAUAUCAUAAUACAAAUUCAACAAUAAAAUAUCCUACAAAUUAUUUACGUGUAACACCAAUAUGUAUUUUAAAUGAAACAAUAUCUAAUUUUGAACAAUAUCAAAAUGAAAAUGAACAAAUACAAUAUUCAAAUAAUACAUCGUUUAUUCUUCGAAGUGGAGACGAUAAAUGUGAUUAUAAAUUAAUGUUUCUUGAUUGUGAUACUAUGACAACAACGACAACAACAACAACAACAACAACAACAACAACAACAACUACUACUACUACUUCUACAGAAAUGACAACUACAUUAGAAAUGAUAUCAACUGCAGAAAGUCUUAUUUAUACAACAACAGAAAUUCCAUUAUCAACAACAACACUAUGGUAUUUUAAAUAUACUAAACCACCUAGACCAGGAAAUAAUCCAAAGAAAUUAUUUAUAGUACUUGGUACAUUAAUAGCAAUAACAGCUGGUGCAGUUAUUUUUGUUAUUUGUUGGUAUCGUCUUAAAGCAAUAUAUACACGAAAAGAAAAAAGAAAAAAAAAUCUUGAACAACCAAAAAAUUUUAAUUUAUCAUCACAGAAUAAUAAUUCUCAGUUAACGGCACCACGUUAUGCUUCAUCCGACUUGUUAAGUGGUGUAUAUAGUACACCGUUAGCUGGUAAUGCAACUCAAUCACAAUCAUUAAUUGCACCGGCAUCACCACCAUCGAUCGUUUAUAAAAAUGUCGAUGCUUUAACUGAUGAUUCUAUUCACAAUUAUAUUGAUGAUGAAAAUCAACAGCAACCACAAAAUUCAACAAAUGAUAAAAUGACAGAAAUACAAGCAACUACUCAAUGUUAA